AUGGCUCCCGAUCUCAACUCCAUCGUCGACGGCAGCGCUGCCACCAACGGCAGAGGCAAGCCCAACAUCCUCUACAUCAUGGCCGACCAGCUCGCUGCCCCUCAACUCAAAAUGUACAACCCCAACUCUCAAAUCAAAACACCCAACCUUGAUCGUCUAGCCGAGAGCUCUGUCCAGUUCGACUCGGCCUAUUGCCCCUCUCCCCUCUGUGCCCCCUCGCGCAUGAGCAUGAUUACCGGCCUUCUUCCCAUGAAGAUUGGCGCCUACGAUAACGCCUCCCAGAUCAACUCGGAAACUCCUACCUACGCCCACUAUCUGCGAAGCAAGGGCUACCACACCGUUCUGGCCGGCAAGAUGCACUUUGUCGGCGACCAGCUCCACGGCUAUGAGUCUCGUCUGACCAGCGACAUUUACCCUGGCGAUUUUGGCUGGGCCGUCAACUGGGAUGCGCCUGACACGCGCCUCGAGUGGUACCAUAACGCCAGCUCCAUUCUCCAAGCUGGACCCUGCGGUCGCAGCAACCAGCUGGACUACGACGAAGAGGUCAUGUAUCGCAGCACUCAGUACCUCUGGGACCACGUUCGCGAGGGACCUAACAAGCGCCCCUUUGCCCUUACUGUUUCCCUUACCCACCCUCAUGACCCCUACACCAUCACAAAAAAGUACUGGAAUCGCUAUGAAGAUGUCGACAUUGCCCUUCCCAAGGUCCGCAUGGCCAAGGAGGACCUCGAUACGCACAGCCAGCGCCUGCUGAAAGUAUGCGACUUGUGGGACCGGGAUUUCACCGAUGAGCAGAUCAAGCGUGCCAAGCGUGCCUACUACGGCUCGGUCAGCUACGUCGAUGACUGUAUCGGCAAGCUCCUUGAAACUCUGGAUGAGGCUGGUCUGUCCGAGGACACCAUUGUCAUCUUCAGUGGCGACCACGGCGACAUGCUCGGCGAGCGUGGCCUCUGGUACAAGAUGAGCUACUUUGAGUCGUCUGUCCGAGUUCCUCUGCUGGUCAACUAUCCCAAGUGGUUCCAGCCUCACCGCGUAACCCAGAAUGUGUCCACCUUGGACUUGCUGCCGACGAUUUGCGACCUGAUCGGCGUCAAACCGGCACCAUAUCUGCCCAUGGAUGGCGUUAGCAUGAUGCCCCAUCUUGAGGGCAAGACGGGCAAUGACACCGUGUAUGCUGAAUACACUGGCGAAGGCACGGUGGCGCCCAUGAUGAUGAUUCGUCGUGGUCCUUGGAAGUACAUCACCUGCCCUGCGGACAAGCCCCAGCUCUACAACCUCGACAUCGAUCCUGAUGAGCUCGACAACCUGGCGCGUUUCGGCAAGGUUGAGCCCCAGACGGAGGACGAGAAGAAGGCCAAGGCCGUCUUUGACAAGUACGAGGCCGAGGCCAAGGCCCGCUGGAACUUUACCGAAAUCACUGAAAACGUCCUGGCGUCUCAGCGCAGCCGCCGCCUGGUCUGGGAUGCCCUGAAGCUUGGAAAGUUCACCAGCUGGGACCACAACCCUGACGAUGACGGCCGCGAAAAGUACAUUCGCUCCACCAUUCCUCUCGACGACCUCGAGCGGAAGGCUCGCUUCCCGUUUGUCGACACGCACGGCCAGGAGGUUAACAAGGGCGGCGUGUUCAGCUCUACCCGUGGCUAA